AUGGAGGAAGAUUCAGAGUCCAGGGUGGUGAACACGGUACACAGGGGCAGAGGAACGUUCACCCUGGAGGAGUUAGGUCUGUCACACUCGGCACUGGCUUACAACAAGAAGUUUGUCUGCUCCAUGCCAUGCCUGCUCAUGUUUGGAGAAGUGGUAUGUGGACUGCUGGUGUGGACUCUUCUGGGUGGGACGGAGUUUUUGCGGGUGCCGGCGCUGGGCUGGGUGAUGUUUGUGUCUGUGAUUUGCUGGGUACUGACGUUGUGCCUCCUUCUACUGUACCUUACCACCGCUUACACCAAAAUCCCUCACGUCUCAUGGACUGCUCUGGACCUGUGCUUUAACAGCAGUGCUACUGUACUGUACACGUCGGCAGCGGUGGUGAAUGCCGCAUCUGUGCUUCAUGCCAUCAGGGGGCGCUAUUACUACACCAGCUGGAUCGCUUCCACGGUGCUCGCCUUCUUAGUUGUGCUUUGUUACGCAGCCAGCACGUUUCUAUGCUACAGAUCCUGGAAAUCCAAAAGUGAUGAUGCUUGAAUUAAAUCAAAUUAACUAAAAACACUGGACUCCCAUUUUAGGUAAAUAAAUAAAAUGUGCUUUUUGUAACUUGUUGAAGUCUGAUGUAGUCAGCUUAGAAUUGUAUAUUUUUAUUUAAUGUGAAUAAUUGAACAG